GGUACGGAGAUAACAGCGGCUGCUAUAUUGAGCUGCUGCUGCUGCUGCUGCUGAAGCAUCUGCAGCACCAGUUUUUUGUUCUUUGUUGUUUUUUUUUUAUUAUUAUUCCACAUGACAGGGAUUGAAGAUUGUCAUCAGCAGUAGCUCCAGACAAAGAUGUUUGUUAGCAGCUCGGUACGCUGUUCGGGACCGAUGGGUGUAAUCACAGGAAUAAUACCCCACUGAGCAAACAUGACAGACGUCCUGUUCCCCUGACGACUCUCGGGGAUGCAGCAGUCAUAGUUUGAGGCCGGACAUGAUUUUCAUCUCGAGUUGCUGUAUUGGAUGCGGGGUGAUGUGCGCCGCACCCCGAGAGAUAUUGAUGAGGAGAACACAGCCUGGUCUUUUGCCUCACUACGGAUUUUUUCUAGACUGUGGCGCACAGUGACCAUAUUUUCCCCCUUUCUUUCCUUUUUCUAUUUUUUUUUUUCUCCCCCUGUCUGGCCAGGGACUGUUUCGGGGGAGCUUCUGAUGUGGAUGAAUUGUGCUGUUUUGUCUAAAGGGAUCAACUGAGCACUGUUGCUCUUGCCCGGAGAGGAGAAACAGGCCAGGUGCCCCUCACCUGGUCAUUUCAUCACACACAAGACUAACCUGUUGGCAUGGCUGAGAAGACGCUAGAUCAGGGGUCGGUCAGCAUCCCCAUGGAGGAGACCAAGCAGGAGGCGGCCCUGCUCACCCACCUGAAGAAGGUGGAGAACCACAUCACCGAGGCCCAGCGCUUCUCCCAUCUGCCCCGCCGCUCCGCCGUGGACCUGGAGUUCACCGAGCUCUCCUACACCAUCCGGGAGGGUCCCUGCUGGCGGAGAAGAGGUUACAAAGCCCUGCUCAAGUGUCUGUCUGGAAGAUUCAACAGCAGAGAGCUGAUUGGCAUUAUGGGGCCCUCUGGAGCUGGGAAGUCCACUCUGAUGAAUAUUCUGGCUGGCUACAGAGAGACAGGGAUGAAGGGCCAGAUCCUGGUGAACGGUCGACCGAGGGACCUGAGGACCUUCAGGAAGAUGUCCUGCUACAUCAUGCAGGACGACAUGCUGCUGCCACACCUCACUGCACGGGAGGCCAUGAUGGUCUCUGCCAAUCUGAAACUGAACGAGAGCAUACAGGUGAAAAAAGAACUGGUGGAUGAGAUCCUGACUGCUCUUGGUCUUUUGGAUUGUGCCCAGACCCGCACCAUCUCUCUGUCUGGUGGUCAGUGUAAGAGACUGGCCAUCGCCCUCGAGCUGGUCAACAAUCCUCCUGUCAUGUUCUUUGAUGAGCCCACCAGUGGUCUGGACAGUGCGUCCUGCUUCCAGGUGGUAUCCCUCAUGAAGUCUCUGGCUCUGGGAGGACGGACAAUCAUCUGCACCAUCCAUCAGCCCAGUGCCAAGCUCUUUGAGAUGUUUGAUAAACUGUACAUCCUCAGUCAGGGCCAGUGCAUAUACAAGGGCACUGUCCCUUACCUCAUACCCUAUCUGAAGAACUUGGGCCUCCACUGCCCCACUUACCACAAUCCUGCCGAUUUCAUCAUUGAGGUGGCCUCGGGGGAGUAUGGCGACCUGAACCCAGUGCUGUUCGAGGCAGUCCAGGGAGGAUUGUGUUCAGACGAGAGCAAAAAGAACUCCAGCGACAAAAGUGACUCCUCCUGCCACUCUCAGUGUCACAAUGACACAGGAACCCUUGAGAAACACAGCUUUGCCACCAGUACAUUCACACAGUUCUGCAUCCUGUUCAAAAGAACCUUCAUCACGAUAUGCAGGGACAUGGUAUUGACCCACCUCAGGGUGAUGUCCCAUCUUUGUAUUGGAGUGCUGAUCGGCCUGCUCUAUCUCAACAUCGGCAACGAUGCCAGCAAGGUCUUCAACAACACUGGCUUCCUCUUCUUUUCCAUGCUGUUCCUCAUGUUUGCCGCGCUGAUGCCAACUGUCCUAACCUUUCCUCUGGAGAUGUCUGUGUUUAUAAGGGAACAUCUCAACUACUGGUACAGCCUGAAGGCCUACUACCUGGCCAAGACCAUGGCUGAUAUACCGUUCCAGGUGAUUUGUCCAAUCAUGUACUGCAGUAUAGUGUACUGGAUGACUGAACAGCCUCCGGAGGCGGGUCGCUAUCUUCUCUUCAUGGCUUUGUCCACAUCCACAGCGCUGGUAGCCCAGUCUCUGGGACUUCUCAUAGGAGCUGCAUCCACUUCUCUUCAGGUGGCAACUUUUGUGGGUCCAGUCACAGCCAUACCAGUCCUCCUCUUCUCUGGCUUCUUUGUGAAUUUUGACACCAUUCCCAAGUACCUACAGUGGAGCUCAUAUGUGUCCUAUGUCAGGUAUGGCUUCGAGGGAGUGAUCCUGUCGAUCUACGGGAUGAACCGGUCGGAGCUGGAGUGUCCUGGCCUGGUGUGUAAGUUCCAAAAGCCGGAGGAGGUCCUGCAGCUGCUGGACGUGGAGGACGCGAAGCUGUAUGUGGACUUCAUGGUGCUGGGGGUUUUCUUCCUGAUCCUCAGGCUAGCCACCUACCUGGUCCUACGCUACAAAGUCAAGUCAGAGCGUUAAGGCGUCCACAGUCAACCGCGCAUGGCUUUGGACGUUCACACAUAUCCCUGCAGUAUGAGAUAGUAAGCCAACGUAUAGUCGUCUCUCUUUCUCUAUCUUGCUUUUUACCACACAUGUACCAACAUAUACACACAGACACACACACAUACACACACUCUCAUUGGAACAAAUACAGCAUACAGCCAUCCUAAAGCUGUGCCCCAUCACCACCCCAAACUGUACAGUACAAUAUUAUCUUUGAAACGGUUUGUUAUUCAAGAAAAGGGAAAGUUAGCUCAGACUACGGAGUGUUGUUUUCCCUCCUUGCCCAUAAUUAGUUGUCCUCCAGUUAACAGUAUUUUCGUUAAGAGUAUUUAAAGUUCACCGUUACUGUUCAAGAACAUUGUAUAAGUGCACCAUACAGUACAUGAACAGAAUACCUGACAUAAUAACAAGCAUGUUUCCUUCUAGUGAGAAACUGGGAUGUGUAGUUAUUAGAUGAGGAGUUUUCAAGCAGAUGCCACACAGCGCUGCAAUAAUGUGAACUAAUGCCAUGUCCUAUGGGAUUAGGAGGAGACACAGUAACCGUCCUUGUGCAGGAUUGUCCCAGACCUUAUCUAACCUCUCCCCUCCGAUGCCUGUAAAGGUCAUCUGUCAUGACCUUUCCUCAACAGUCCACAACACAAGCUCAUUAAUUGAUAAUUAAUUGGACAACAACGCUCCCGGUACCCCAGGAACACGGUGUCACAAUGGACAUAUUUUCAGCACCAUCAGGACAAAAUAUUUAGAGGCAGAAAACUCUUGUGAAGCUGCUGCCCCUCCUUCCGGGUCAGCUUAUCAGAUAUCCUUGCCAUGAGAUAGGAUACACUGGCUUCUCUCUGAGGAAUACAACCUCAACAAGGACUGCCAGAGGAUGAUUUACCUUAGGUUUCUAUCUCUAGUUCAGAUCAUGUUGGCCGGCCUUCUGCUCUCCUAGUAAUGGAGGUCGAACACUGAGGCAUGGAUGAAGUAUAUCCUUGAAAACGGUAAGUUCAGCACUCUGCAGUGUAUCUCAGAUGGAGAGCAGCUUUGGAUCCAUGCUCCUACGAGCCCUACGACUCUAAAUUGCUCGUUUUUAUGCUCUGGACAUUUCACAUCUGUUUAUCUGCCAUAACUGAGUAACCACUGAGCGAAUGAGGAGAACGCCCUAGGAGCAUAAUGUGAAACCAAGCAUGAUGGAUUUUCCAGUUCCAGACUGAUGCGGAGCGCUGGCUUCUGUUGGAUAUAAGGAGAGAGAGAGAUGUUUUAGGUGAAGUGCAAUAGCCAAUUCUGUGAUGAAAAAA